AUGAAAUCUGAUAAUGUAAAGGAUAAGGACUCAAAAAUUGCCUUCCUACAGAAAGCCAUCGAUGUUGUGAUGAUGGUGACAGGCGAGUCACCGUCAGCAAAACCUGCACGAAUUGUUGCUGGACAUGAGCCUGAGAAAACCAACGAGCUGCUGCAGGUCAUCGGCAGGUGCUGCCUCAACAAGCUGUCCAGUGAUGAAGCAGUAAAGCGAGUGCUUGCUGGAGAAAGAGUGGACCUAAAAGCCUCCAGGUCCCAGGGCAAGGAGAACAGGGAAGGACGUGAACGCCAGCUGGAUAAAGAGGAAAAGAAAAUGAUAACGGAGCGCAGCGGCAGCCGGGAGCAGAAGGACCCAGACAAACCCAAAGAUCAGGAGAGUCGGCACAGAGACGGAGAUAAAGAACUCCAGCGUGACCGUGAGCGAUCUGACCGACGCCACCGCAGCGAGCAGGACCACCAAACCAACGAUCGCGACAAAGACAAGAGUCGAGACAGGGAGCGAGACAAAGGACGUGCCAGGGACAGAGAGAAAGACCGGGAGAGGGAUCGAGAAAGAGACCGAGAGAAAGACAAGGAGAAAAACCGAGAUAGAGAUUCGCACAGAAACCGGGAACAAGACAAAGAGAAACGAAGAGACAAAGACAGAGAGCGACACAAAGACCGGGACGACAGAAACAAAAGUGGAGGGAGUGGGAAUGACAAGGUCAGAGAGUCAGAAGAACCACAUCAGAAAUCCAGUCCUGAGGAGCAGAGUAACAAAUCAGCCAAAACUGUGCCAGCAACUAACAGUUCAACAAGAAUACCUCGUCCUUCAUCGGCCAAAGGACAGAGGCGGAAACCCAAGACUAUGGGUCAAGAUGACUCAGACAGUGAAGGAGAUGGAGAUGCUCUUUUAGCCCAGAGAGCCGUCCCGCAGGAAAACGGAGACACUGAAGGACCCUCAGUACCACCAGACACAACUUCCAGACUGAUAUCGCGGCCAAGCAGCGCCCGCCCAGCUCCACCUCGGAUCAGGAGGCAGGAAAGCCACACUGAUGUGACCCCAGCUGAGAGGUUAUCAAGUGCCAAGACCUCAGCACCUGUCAUAUUAGAUGGGAAGAAGCUGCCAGGGGAUGAGGAGGAUGAAGAUGAGCACUUCCUUGUGGAGGAAGCAGCCCCCCUACCCCUUGAUGUUCCUGAGAUCAUGAGAGAAUCCGGACAAGAAAUGGACGGUGAAGAAAACCACGGUGGACUCGUGAAAAAGAUCCUCGAGACCAAAAAAGACUACGAAUUGGUGCCGUCCUCCCCAAAAUCUAAAGAACAGUUCUUGCUGUCCGAACCUGCACAGAAGAAAGAGCGGCAAAUGAUGAGCAGGGAGACUGAGCGGCUUCGCGCGUCCAUCCAGUUGGUUUGUCGCAGCUCCCUGCCUCUGGGGAAGAUCAUGGACUACAUCCAGGAGGACAUGGACGCCAUGCAGACUGAGCUGCACACCUGGCGGCAGGAGAACAAGGAGCACGCACAGGCCCUGCUGCAGGAGCAGAGAGCCACAGACCGGGCCGUGGAGCCUCUGAAGGCAGAGCUGGCUGAGCUGGAGCAGCUGAUCAGAGACCAGCAGGAUAAGAUCUGUGCUGUGAAGUCCAACAUACUGAAGAACGAGGAGAAGAUUCAGAAAAUGGUGACUGGGAUCAACUUCUCCUCCAGAACCUGA